AACAACAUUGCAGCGACUCUUAUCUGUGAGCCAUUGUGAACUACGGAAUAUAAUAAAAACUUGUCUGUACUGAACGGAGGACCAGAGGAAGCCGUCCUCUCCGCUCGGUGCUGCACCCCGGCUGAGCUCCUGUGCUUAACUGUUAAUAACACGGCUGCUAAUACAGCACAACAAUGUCACCACCGGCCAAGGAAUCGUUUAUCGUCAAGUUUGUUGAAACCGGAGGACAGAAAACGGACUAUGCGGAGAAGGCAUACGAGGCCAUAUUGGAGAUGCAGUCUGAGAAGUGUGUUAGGCGCAUCUCUGAAGAAACCGCUCUAGGCUGCAACAACAAAGACAAAUCCCUGUUUGUGUUCAGCAGCUUCACCACGCCUGCCUUCCACCACUGCAAGAAGCUUGGCUGCAGGGUGGUCAGCCCCCUGGUGGUGCUGUUCUGUCUGCAGCAGCAGCGAUGUGUUCCCCGAGCAGAGAAGCCCGUGUUCAACAUGGCCAUGGCUGACAUCACCAUCUCCUGCACCAGCCUGGACAAGGCCGAACGGCUGGAGGUAAUGGAUCUGGUGCAGCUGAUGGGCGGGCGAGUCUACCUGGACCUCAACGUGUCUGUCACUCACCUGGUCGCAGGCGAAGUGGGCAGUAAGAAGUACCUGGUGGCUGCCAGUCUGGGCAAACCUGUACUGCUGCCCUCCUGGGUCAAAGCAUGCUGGGAAAGAUCCCAGGACAGUCUGUUCAGGUACACCGACCUGCCGCUGGAGGCCCACCGCUGCCCCGUGCUCCGGGGCUGCAUCCUCUGUGUGACGGGGCUCUCCAGCGUGGAGCGCAAGGAGGUGCAGCGGCUCUGCCAGGAGCACGGGGCGCAGUACACCGGGCAGCUCAAGAUGAACGAGUGCACCCACCUGAUCGUCAGCGAGCCCACCGGCCAGAAGUACGAGUGUGCGAGGAAGUGGAACAUCUACUGCGUGUCUCUCCACUGGCUGUUUGACAGCAUAGAGAAGGGCUUCUGCCAGGACGAGAGCCGCUACACCGUGGAGCGAGGCGCCGCCAAACCCACCCAGCUCCACACCUCCACACCCACCAGGGGCGGCAGGAAGGACGAAGCCUCCUCCCUGCUGGGUCUGAGCCGCAUCUCUGUCAACAGCAGCAUGACCGUCAACGACACCUCCCUGACCAACGCCACCGGCCUAACCAACAACACCACCUCCCGUCUGGAGGCCAAAGACCCCGUCGACACACUGGACCUGGCCACCUGCCUUACGAAUGACGUGCUGGACGGAUGCAAGCUGUAUCUGUGCGGGCUGCCACCGAAGAAGCUGGACAAGCUGCGGAGGCUGGUGAACCUGGCGGGGGGGCUGCGCUUCAACCAGCCCAGCGAGGACCUCACUCACGUGGUGAUGGGAGAGCCGGACAAGGACCUGAUCUCCUCCCUGGCCAAGGCCACACACAGGCCCCACGUGGUGACGGUGCAGUGGCUGCUGGACAGCUACUCCAGGGGGACCCUGCUCCCAGAGGACGACUUCCUCCACCAGGACUGCCUGCCUCCGGCCCCCCCCUCCAGAGCCGCCUCCACCUCCAGAGCCUCCACCUCAGCCGCCCCAGAGCCGCCGGCCACCAGCCCCAGCACCCCCGCCCAGCGCAGGGCCGAGGAGGACCUGCUCUCCCAGUACAUGGACGACGACCCCACUGUAGUGGAGAUGCCCCCACCAGACAGUAGACGCUCUAUGAGCAGCCUCCCGGGCCCCCAGCCGGAUCGCUGGGCCCCGGCAGAACCCAGCGACUCCACCGAGGCGGACUCCACCCUGCAGCAGGCCAGCCAGGGGGGUCUGCCGUUCACCGGGAAGCGCUUCCGUCUGCUGGGCUUCGGCUCGGAGGAGGACGCGCAGCUGGCCCUCCUGGUGAUGGAGAACGGGGGCAAGGUGCUGACGGGCCGCACCCGGGCCGUGGCGGACUACGGCGUGGUGCCGCUGCUGGGCUGCGAGGUGGAGGCCACCGUGGACGAGGUGGUCACCGACACCUGGCUGGUCUUGUGUGAUGAGAAGAAGUGUCUGCUGCCCAUCCUCUCCAACCCUCUGUUCAGCCCGGUGGAGGUGAAGGACGGCUGCUCCCCCCUCACGUCCUGCGUGCUCUCCGUCAGCCAGUUCACCGGAGCGGAGAGGGAGUGCCUGGUGGAGCUGGCCAAGCACCUCGGAGCCAGUGUCCAGGACUACUUUGUGCGGACGGCCAACCAGAAGAAGGGCAUGCUGGCCAGCAGCCACCUGGUGCUGCAGACCCCCGAGGGCACCAAGUACCAGGCGGCCCAGAAGUGGGGGCUCCCCGCCGUCACCAUGCACUGGAUCCUGGAGUCGGCCCGCACCGGGCAGCGGGCCCCCGAGGACCGGUACCUGGUGGACCGCCCCCCCUCGCCCGAGAGGGAUGACGACAGCUUUGUGGGCGGCUCCCAGCGCAUGGCUCCUCCCCCCCCGGCGCUGGACUCCCUCUCCCCAGAGUUCCCUCUUCUGGGGCGCCAGAGCGGCAAGGCGGUCACCCCGCUGGACGUGGGGCGCUUCCAGUCCAAGGUGUUCCGCUCGGUGCUGGACCAGAUGAAGCCCCUCGGAGAGGAGCAGGGGGAGGAGCCUCGGACCCCGGGGGCGGGGCCGCAGGCGGGCCGGGGGAGUGGCCUCCAGAAGGAGACCCCCCUCCAGCUGGACACGCCCUCGCGCUUCCUCAGCCGAGACCAGCUCUUCAGACCCUCCUUCAAUGUCAAGGACGCGCUGGGUGCACUGGACACCCCGGGGGGCCGGGUGAAGCCGGGGGAGCGAACGGAGACUCCUCUGACCGACGUCAUCAACAGGAACCUGAAGGUGGCGCUGGCCAACAGCUCUCGCUGCCCCGACCAGCAGGCCCUCAGCGCCAGCCCUGAGCUCAGCAAGAGGCCUGAACCACAGGUCCAGGAGAAGACGCCGGAGGGCCUGCUGGCAGGAGUGGUGGUCUGUGUGGGGAAGAAGUUGAGCAAGAUGCAGGGAGAGCUCAACACCAUCGCUGCCUCGCUGGGGGCAGACUUCAGGUGGUCAUGUGACGACAGCGUGACCCACUACAUCUACCAGGGCCGUGUGGGGGACAACACACGGGAGUACCGGGGACUGAAGGAGAGGGGGCUGCAGGUGGUGUCCCAACACUGGCUCCACGCGUGUGCCGAGGAGCAGAAGCGGGUCCCAGAGUCCCUGUACCCCUUCACCUUCAACCCCAAGAUGAGCCUGAGUCUGAGCCAGGUGCCCCACAACUCCCAGAGGUCGCCCCCCUUCACACGCACCCAGCUCCGUGACCUCACCAUCACCCACGGCAACCAGCCCAAUCUCAAUACUACCGAAGAAGAAUCCACAUCCCGUUGUCAGAGCAACGGAGAGACGCUUGUCGAGGAGGAGGCACAUGACACUACAGAGAGCAGAGACUUAUCGGAGAGCCUGGAGAUGAGGGAGAAGCUCCAGAAGCAGCUCCAGGAGAUCAUGUCGGCCACCAAGCUCACCACGGGGAGGAGGUCCGCGGCCUGCCUCAGCCGGCUGGGGUCUGCGGGGUCCGACACCGGCCCCAACACCCCCGACGUCAAGGGCCUCCGGUCUGGGCGUAGCACCAGACGCACCAUGGAGGCCUUCAGGAUGAACAGGGAGGCGGUUCUGGACAUGAACACAGAGCCGUCCCAGAGCGAGCAGAUCGUGUGGGACGACCCCACGGCCCGGGAGGAGCGGGCCAAGCUGGCCGAUAACCUCCAGUGGCCCGGCAGCCCCUCCCAGCACUCGGACCCCGUGGCCCGCCCACCCGAGAGCAAGGCCUCGUUCAGGGAUAGCUUCACCGACUCUGAGCUGGUGGAGAUGGCCGCUUGUGAUGUCAUUGACCAGCAGAUGGCCCAGAGAGUGAUGACCCCUCUGGCGGAGGAUCCUAGCGAUGACCUCCUGACCCCUAAAGCCCCCAGCAUAGCCUUCCCCCUUGCCAACCCCCUGGUACCUCCUGAGCCUCAGGAGGAGAACCAGGAGAAGCUGCCCCCCAGGUUCCAGCUGUCCUCCCUGAGUCCCCAGGAGCGCAUCGACUACAGCCACCUGAUCGAGGAGCUCGGGGGCGUGGUGCUGGACAAGCAGUCGUUCGACCCCAGCUGCACCCACAUCAUCGUGGGGAACCCCCUGCGGAACGAGAAGUACCUGGCUGCUAUGGCCGCCGGCAAGUGGAUCCUGCACCGCUCCUACCUGGAGGCCUGCCGCGCCGCCGGACACUUCCUACAGGAGGAUGAGUAUGAGUGGGGCAGUGGUUACAUCCUGGAUGCUCUGCCCUCCAUCAGCCCCCACAAGAAGAGGCUGGCACUGGCUGGCAAGCGCUGGAGGACUGCCCUGCAGGACCGCACCCCCCUGGAGGGAGCGUUCAGUGGUUGGACCGUGAUGCUCAACAUCGACCAGACCAGAGAGUCUGGCUUCAGGCGGUUACUGCAGUCGGGAGGAGCCAAGGUGCUGUCCGGGGUGGACACCUCCUCCUACCGGGAGGCCACCCACCUGUUUGCUGACUUCAGCCGCCUGAAGCCCGGGGAGUUCAGGGUGGACGUGUCUCACGCCACCGCCCAGGGGGUGACCUGCAUCAAGCCUGAGUACAUCGCCGACUACCUCAUGCAGGUGUGUCCCAUACCCCCCAUACACCUGUACUGUCUGCCCGUGGCUUCCUCAGACGGCGAACAAGCCCCCGGGACCACCCCUUCCCGCAAACGCAAAGUCCCCGCCGACACCUCCGCCGUGAAGAAAUCGCGUCUGCAAUGAAAUUCACCACUAGCCUCAGCAAAAAAUCGUAUCCUGAUGAAUGCAAGUCUGUAUAUAAGAUUGUUAUUUCUUGUAAAAAAAAUAAAAUUAACAUAAAGUUGA